UGAUUCUUCCUUUUUUUUUUGCCCUUUUUCUGUUUCCUUGUACACAAACACAAUGGCGAUCCUGUCCUCCAUCGUGACUCUUCCGGCCACGAUAGGCUUGGAUCAAGUCAAAGAUGCGUGGAUUCCGCUCGUCAUCGCAACCUUUACGAUUGGCUUGACUGUGUUGCUGAGCCAGCGACUCAAGGUCAGAGGGUUGCCCGGACCCCCCCAUAGUCUCCUCUCGGGCAGCAUCCCCGUCUUCAGCACCGUCGCCAAACAUGCCCCCAAAGACCUUCACCCCCAGGCGCAGAUGACAAUGAUCCAACGGCUGUUCAAGCUCGGCGAUCUCUUCUGCGUCGACACCUGGCCCUUCAUGGACCAAGUCUACCUCGUUGCCAACCCCUACAUGGCGCACCAGGUAUCGCAGGAGAAGCCCUUCCCCAAACACCCCAUGGUCACGCGGUUCAUGGAGUCGUUCACCGGCCUGAACAGCGUGCUGUUGGCCAACGACGCGAAAUGGAAGGAGUUGCGCUCCCUCUUCUCCCCGGGCUUCUCCAACGCCCACCUGAUGACCAUGGUGCCGGUCAUGGUGGACAAGACCGAGAUCUUCUGCGACAUCCUGGCGCAGCACGCGAAGACCGGUGCCGCGGUGCCCAUGGAGCCUCUGGCAGCCAAGCUGACCAUCGAUAUCAUUGGGCUUGUGGUCCUGGGCGUGGACUUUGGCUCGCAGACUGGCGAGGACGAGCUGGUCAAUGCGUUCCGGCAUCUCCUGGAUCUCAUCCCCGAUGGUCAGCGGUUGGAGAUCAAUCCGAUCCGCCGCUACAACCGCAGGUAUUACUCCGGUGUCAUGGAUAACUAUAUCCGCCGGGUUCUGCGCGCGCGGAGUGCCAAGGGCGCCAAUAACAAGUUCAAGACCCUGAUGGAUAUCGCUAUCGGACGGUACGAGGAUCUGGUCAAGAAUGACCCCAAGGGGUCGUUGUUUAACUGUGGAUUCGAGCAGCUGGCUAUUGACAAUCUGAAAACCUUCGUCUUCGCCGGCCACGACACCAGCAGCACCACCAUCAGCUACGUCUACCACCUCCUCCACAAACACCCCAAAGCCCUCGCCAAAGUGCUCGAAGAACACGACGAGAUCCUCGGCAAAGACCUGACCAAAGUGCCCGCCAUGAUCCGCGCCAACCCGGCCCUGAUCAACAAACUGGCCUACACAACCGCCGUGAUCCGCGAAGCUCUCCGUCUGUAUCCAGCGUCGGGUAGUCUUCGGAUGGCUCCUGAAAACAUAACCUUCCACCCCACACGCACCAACCCCGUGACCAUCCCCAAGGGCAACCUAAUCUGGGUAGGCAUCCACACGAUCCACCACGACGCCGAAUACUUCCCCUGCCCGGACGAAUUCCACCCGGAGCGUUUCCUCAACGCCGGCGUGGUGACCCUGCCGGACGGGCGCACGGAAGCCACCCCGGCCGGAUGGAACGGCCACGUACCCCCGCAAGACGCCUACCGGCCGUUCGAGAAGGGCCCUCGCCAGUGCAUCGGCAGCGAGAUGGCGAUGAUUGAGAUCCGGGUCGUGCUGGCGAUGACCAUGCGGCUGUUUACGUUUGAGACGGCGUUCGAGGAGUGGAGGGACGCCCAUCCCGAGGAGACGGAUAAGAGGCAUACGAGCGCGUUUGGGGACGAGGCGUAUCAGGUUUAUUCGUCGACUGCGAAGCCGAAGAGUGGGAUGCCUAUGAGGGUGGGGGUUAGGAAGUAG